AGAGGGGAGGGUGGAAUAGAACUGACUGCCUGAAUUCAUUAAAAUUAAGGUGGGGAACGCUGGUAACUUGACCAAGCCGAUCCGCUAGCGAUGCAAGCGUUACCACCGUUCUGCAUCCAGUCCUCUGCUGUGUUCCGCUGCAUACUUAGCAGACACCUGCCGACCAAUCGCACCAGCAAUAGACCCCUGGGCCACGCUAACGCUGCAAGGAUGAAGAUUGAGAGCAGCCUGCCACGCCCCCAGCUCCCUGAGCCACCCCCUCACACAGGGCUGCAGUUCGCCGUGGCAACCGAGGAGGACUUUGAUGAGAUCAUGGCUAUGAGCCAGGACAUCUAUGGCGGCCUUGACUAUCUCCCCACCCGCUACCAGGCCUGGCUCCAGGAGACCAACCGCACGGUCAUCCUGGCCAGGAAGCAAGGCAAAGUGAUUGCCCUGGAGUCAGUGUGCGUGAUCGAUGAUGGUGAAACAGUGCUGGUGGAGGGACUGAGGGUGGCACCCCAAGAGCGUGGCAAGGGGGUGGCGGGCGUCCUCCUCCGCUUCUGUGCCCAGCUGGUCAAAUCCAAGUACCCCGACGUCAAAGUGAGCCGCCUCACCCGCGAUGACCAGCUGGGACCUAAGGACUUCCAGAAGUACCGGCUCAUCACCAAACAGGGAAUCCUCCUGAUCCGUUUCCGGGCUGAGGAUCUCAAACUCCGCCUGGCCGAGCUUGGACCAGACACUGGAAUGUCCCCAGCUCAGAUGGAGGCCCCCGUGCGCCUGGACCCCGAGGAAGUGCACCAGCUGUUCCUGAGCUCUGGCCUGAUGCGGGACGUCCUGCCCAACAACACCAUUGUGCAGGACUGGCAGCCCUUCAAGCCCCUGCCCAGCAACAUGGCCAUCCUGCUGAAGAAGGACAUCGACUGGAUGGUGGACGACCCUCAGCGCCCCACGGUGGCGAGCCUCUGCACCUUCCCCUUCCACGUGCCCAUUGGCGACGACUGGUACUACCUCAACAUCGACGUCUUUGGGAAGGACCUGAGCCUGGUGCGACAGCAGUUCCUGACCCACCUGCACCGCCACACCGAGAGCCUGAAAGGGCACAUCAUGUGCCAAGUGUUCCUGGAUCCCCCCCUCUGGGAGCCGCUGGCUGACUUCUGCCGCAACACUCUGCGGGUGGAGCUGGUGAAGGAGUACACUGAGCAGUGCGUGGUCGAAUCUGACCUGGUGUAACGGGAGCAAGACCAAACCCGGAAAAAAAAAUCCCAGAGACCUCUCCCACAAAAACCCCUCACCCCUUCCCCGCCAACCCCCACCC